UAGGUAAAACCGCUACAAAAGCAGUCAUUGAUGUAAUCAUAAGACCAGUGGAGACUUGAGAUUUAACUGCUGCUGUCGAUCAAGGAAACAGCUGAGUAGAAGUUUUCUCUUUGUAGUCAGAGCAACUCGCAGCGUCGAAGCAUGGAUCCACAAGUGUUGGUGGGAGAACACUGUUUGAUUUAAAGAGACAGGAGACAGCAGAGGACAACGAUAAACCCACUCAAGAGAUUAGGGUCCACUUGUCCCGGCGGCAGGAACACUGUCCGACUUUGUAAACCUCUGCUGUUUUGAGUCUCUGCCGGAGGAUUGUUGGUGGGAGGAUCGUUACAGGAGCUCAUUCACUCCUUCAGCCUGCAUGCACACUCCGCUGCUGCUCCUGCUGCUGCUGCUGCUGGUUUGUGACAGAGGACAGUGUGCAGCUAUUCUUUGAGAGGUGACCCAGGGCAGCAAACACAAUGCCAGGAGAGGGAUUCACCAUCAAAAGUAUCAGGAAUCUGCUUCGUUCCCCAUCCAUUAAACAAAGGACCUGGAAGAAGAGGAAACAAGAUCUCAGCAAGGUGACUUUAGAGAAGGUGCUGGGAAUCACUGCUUCAGGAAACUGUGGGCUGGCCUGCGACCCCCGAUCCGGACUAGUUGCCUAUCCUGCAGGGUGUGUCGUAGUCUUGCUGAACCCCAAAAAGAACAGGCAGCACCACAUUAUCACUUCAAGAAAGACCAUCACAGCUCUUUCCUUUUCCCCAGAUGGAAAGUACUUGAUCACAGGAGAGAGCGGUCACCUCCCUGCGGUGAGACUCUGGGACGUGGCAGAACGACGGCAGGUGGUUGAGCUCCAGACACACAAAUAUGGCAUCUCGUGUGUGGCUUUUUCUCCCAACGGCAAAUACAUUGUCAGUGUCGGAAACCAGCAUGACAUGAUGGUCAACGUCUGGGCCUGGAAGAAAGAUGUAGUAGUGGCUGCCAACAAGGUGUCCAGUAAGGUGACAGGUGUGUCUUUCUCAGAGGACAGCUCGUACUUUGUUACUGUUGGGAACAGACAUGUCAAGUUCUGGUAUCUGGACCACUGCAAGGCCAGUAAGGCCAGUGCUCCAGUCCCUCUGCUGGGCCGCUCGGGGCUGCUGGGAGAGCUGAGAAACAACUUCUUCUUCGACGUGGCCUGUGGGCGAGGCUCUACGUCUGACUCCACCUUCUGCAUCACCUCCUCCGGCCUGCUGUGUGAGUUUGACAGCAAAAGGAUGCUGGACAAGUGGGUGGACCUACGGACGGGUGUGGCUCAGUGUCUGUCUCUGUCGGAGGAUUUGAUCUUCUGUGGCUGUUCUGAUGGAACGGUGCGAGCCUUCAGCCAAGUUGACCUGCACUUUGUCUGCACGCUGCCCAGGCCACAUCCUCUCGGCUCUGACGUCUCAGCCAUCACAGAAGCCAGCCAUCUGUUUUCCACCAAGACGGACGCCCGUUACCCAGAUGCCAUUGCUGUAACCUAUGACCCCAUCAGCCACUGGCUCAGCUGUGUUUAUAAUGACCACAGUCUGUACGUGUGGGAUGUGAGAGAUGUCAACAGAGUGGGGAAGGUGCACUCUGCUCUCUUCCACGCCGCCUGUGUUGGAGACCUGGAGAUGUUCCCAGAUGUUCCUGGAGAAUUUGCUGCUGGUUUGACAUCCGGUGCGUUCUUUAGUUGCUCAGCCGAUAACACCAUCAGACUGUGGCGCAUAGACGACUGGACUCACUCUCAGAACAUCCUCAGCAGUGAUCUGCUGAAAAUCAUUUACGCAGAUGGAAACACCAGUGCCUUGUUGGAUCCGGAGUGUACGACUAAUGUGAACACAGACAAAGCUGGGGAUGGACAGACAGCAGAGAGCAGGGCGGGCAUCAAGACCAUCUGUGUCAGUCCAGACGGCAAACAACUGGCAUCUGGAGAUCGCAACGGGAUGCUGAGGGUUUAUGACCUCAGCAGUAUGAACGAGGUUCUGAAAGUGGAGGCCCACGAUGCAGAGAUUCUCUGUCUUGAAUACAGUAAACCAGAAACAGGCCUUAAGCUUCUGGCCACAGCUAGCAGGGACCGUCUGAUCCACGUCUUGGACGCUGAGGAUGACUACAGUCUGGUACAGACUCUCGACGAACACUCGUCAUCCAUAACAGCCGUACGCUUUGCUGCCAAUGACAACAAGGUGAGGAUGAUCAGCUGUGGGGCAGACAAGAGCAUCUAUUUCCGCACUGCACAUAAGACUGACAGAGGAACAGAGUUCAGGUGUUCCCACCACAAUGUGAGGAAGACCACACUGUACGAUAUGGGCGUAGACCCCACCUGCAAGUACGCCGCUGUCGCCUGUCAGGACCGCUGCAUCAGGAUUUUAAACAUUAGCAGUGGCAAACAGAAGAAAUUCUACAAAGGAUCUCUAAGUGAGGACGGCAGUCUGCUUAAGGUUCAACUUGAUCCUUCAGGUCAGUAUGUGGCCACCAGCUGCUCCGAUAAAAACAUCAGCAUCUUUGACUUCUUUACUGGUGAAUGUGUCGCCACCAUGUCUGGACACUCUGAGGUUGUCACUGGGAUUAAGUUUACCAACGACUGCAAACAUUUGAUCUCUGUGUCAGGCGACAGCUGUAUCUUUGUGUGGCGGCUGGCUCCAGAACUGACAAUCAGCAUGAGAGAGAGGCUCUGCCAGCUCCAACAAAACCAAAACACAUCACCCGGAAAGACCUCCAGCCUCAGGCGAGGGGUUUACAGCGCCCCCAUUCUGGGUGGUCUGUCGUCUGACAGUGACCAAGAGCAUGAGGACGAGGACGGAGGGGAGAAUGACAACCACAACGACUCAGAGGACAUCGCAACGAAUACUUCCUCUGACAGCAGCCAUGGAGAGGAGGAAACAGGUGGCUCAGAUGAAGGACACGACUGGGAGCUGACUAAGCAUGCAGACGCCAGUCAAGUAACUCCAAACCCCUCCAAGCGCCCUCGGAGACGCUGGUCUAAUCGUAUGGUCUCUCUGGAGGUGAUGGCUAAAUCAAUGCUGGACCUGAGGCAGCUCGAUUCUUUUUCUCAGAAGAAGAACCCCAACUGCCCCCGUCAUGACAAAGAGCGACAGAGCACGUCCAGCCUCCAGGAACCAGAGUUAGAGGAGAGAGUAAAGAGGCACUGGCACUGGCCACAUGCAGACUGGAUGUCCUCCCACCCAUCCAAGGGUAUCAGGGGGACUGAUGGAGCUGUGCUGUACCCGGAGGAGAACAAGAACCAUACAAGUCCACAGGGCAGUGAUUACAAGGUGAAGGAGCAGCACUGCAGGAUUAAGGGGCGAGCGAUCCGCAGUGAGAGCAUGGAGAGCCGCAGCCCUGACAGCGCCUGCUCCCUGGACUACGACAGCAGGGAGUCAAGCCCAAAUCAAGUCCUGGAUGAGUCUGCUGAUGUGGAGUCCCUGCGCCAGGACAGCUCUGAUGAGGAGAAUGAAGACACAGAGGAAGAGGAGCAAAAGACAGAAGUGACGAGUAUGGACGAGGCUCUGAGGACAGUGACAGAUACAGCUGAGCGCAGCCAAGAAGAUUUCCUCAAGCAGAACUAUGAAACACUGGCAGAGAGCUCCAGUAUGGCCGAGCAGAGCAGAGUCCCCAGGCUCAGUAUGUCUUCACGCUUUCUGGCCAGAGGACAUAAUAACAGGACUGUGCCCCCGUUUGCCAAAGUGCAUGGAAAGGAACAAGGCUGCAACUCUGCUAAGCCCCCUGUGUCAAAAGUUCGGCCCAUGAUGGAUGAUAGCCAGAGCAGAAACACGGAAGACAAGACUCCUGUGUCCCCUACCAGGAUUGUGGAGCCAAGGGUCAGUUCUCAGAAGUGUGAGAGUGCUCCAACUCUCAGACUCCUGAAGAAGAGGGGAUCCCACCUGUGGAGGUUAUCCAGUCCUCCAGUCAGAGCUCCUCUGCCGUUUGACAGUGGAUCGACUUUACAGAAAUCACUCUCUGUUCAGAAUCUGAUCUCAGACUCUCCUCACUCACCAGAGCCCUCUAGUGACCAAAGGGAGUUGUGCAAGAGACCUCAGCAGCUCUUCCUAGAUCCAGACACUGCCAGAACUUCAUUCCAAAUGCCUUCCCCUUCCUCUGGGUCCUCACACUCCCCUACAUCCCCCAUGCCCUGGGAGAGCCCCAAUCACAAGCCCCAGCAGUCCUACAUGAACCCCACCGCCAGCUCCAAUGCCAAAAGCAGCCGCUCCUCCUCUGUGGGGGAAGGUAUCAACAUCAGCUCUCCACCUUGCUCCCCUUCCUUUUCCAAGGGCAGGAGGUCAUGUUGGGAGCUGAACAUCCAUCCUCCUCUGCUCACCUCAUCCCCCGUCACUGCUUUCCCCUCUACCGCCUCCUCGACAUCAUCCCUCUUAUCAUGUCCUCCGUCAAACAGUCCCUCUCCGACUCAUCCCCAUCAUACAGCUGCAGUUUCACCCAGUCCUUUCACCCAGAACCCCCCACCCUCUGGCAUCCCUGUCCCCAAACAGAUUCUCAGCCCCCGGCGCAGCCUCGGCGUGGAUGCGAUACCCACCUCAAGUUGGUCUGGAGGCUCAGUUAGGGGUUCUAAUCCUACAAUAAACUCUGGAUGUGAAGCUGCAGCGACACAAGGACACAGAGCUCUGGGCAGGCGGCUCUCUCUACGAGUUGAUCCAUGUAUUCCAAGUUCAUCCCGAGCAAAGCCGAAGAGAGGCUCGGGUCCAGAGAUUGCUAAGGAGCCAGCACAGGUGGCUGUAACCAAAGAGUACCCUCUGGUGCCUGAAAAGACCCACAUAUCAAGCGCUGACCCCCAGCCAGAUCUCUCCAUCACCGUGGAAACUUGUCGGCAGGCUGUUUCUGAGCUUCACAGCAGUCUGAGGAAAACCGUCACGCUCUACACUAAGGUGCUACAGUGUGGCCAGGAUUCCAGCAAGGAUCAACAAGAAAUGAGGGGUCUCCUGUCCAACACUCUGUUCACUGUUAAAGCAGAGCUGGACUCUCUGCCUCACCUCCCCUCCUCCCCUUCCUCCUCCUCCUCUCAGUGUGAGGGUCUCCGAGUGGACCAAGGAGUGGAGGGGGAGAAAGCUCUGGCUCUGCUGGAGCAGUACGCUGAGCUGUUGCUGAAGUCUGUGGAGAGGAGACUGGACACCAAGACCUGAGGAGAGGUGCUGAUGUGUAUGUACACACAUCAAUGAAAACGGACUCAUGCAGCACUUUGAAUGGCACACUUGUUGUUUGCACAGAGAACUAAUAUGUGGACUGAAUGCAGAUGAGACUUUGAUAUAUUUGGAGAAGCAGAGAGAAGUGAAUGAUGAGUUUUAUGCACUGAACAAAGAGAGAUUUAAAAUAGACGCCUUAUUUAUCUUUGCAAUAACUCUUCUUUUUUCAUUACACAUUUUUUGAAUCAAGUGUGAUAAAUAAUAAUUGUAACAAAGAAACAUACAAGGAAGUUCCUAAAAUGCAUCAGUACUUUUCUGUUUUUCUGUUUCUGUAAGUGAUUGCAUUUAGUCUAAAAGCUCAUUAGAAUCAACAGAGCAGUGCUCCUCAAAGUGUGGGGCGUGGCCUCAAGGGGGUGUGUGGCAACUUGAGAGGGGGAUGUGCAGAUGCAGGUGGCAUGAGCAGGGGCGUGGCCGGAUGGUUUGAAAGGGCUCCCCUUCAAAUCUGAAAGGCCAUCCCAGAUGUUAAACCAUGAUUGGCUGUUUCCCUUAUCUGAGGUGGGAUUUAUGUUAAAACAACUAUUUUGGCUGUGUUACAAUAGGCUACUAUUAGGCGCUGUGUAUUUCAGUACGAAAAAUACACCGAUUUUUUGCAUGACGUCGGGGUUAGCUGAUGUGAGAAUGCAGAAAGUAAUAUUCAGGAAAAUUUGCAACGAGCGAAUGGGAGGAGGUGGUGACGUUUAUAUCAUGCGACCUGUGCAUGACCAUAGACUGUAUGCAGGCAACCGGUGCAAUCUCCAUGGACGUAACCAAACUGCUUCAUUAUGUUUCCUGUUCCCCAGUAUGUUCUUCUCCACUCUUCUGUUGAUAUUUUCAAAGUGUUGAACUACACAUAGCGUUGAUAUAAAGGCAACAAUUCAAAUUUUUUCAUAACAGAUGUUUUUCUUCAGACCCCUUCUACUGGGGAACCAGACGCUCUUUUAUAUGUUAUUUGAAAAUGGAUAUGUUUGUGGGGGGUUACAGGAGGUGAAGAAAUUGUUUUAUUUAGGCAAGGUAAAAAAUGUUGUUUAGAUUUUCUCAUUUGUAUGUUUUGCAAAUGAAAAAUCAGUUUUCACUGCUUUUUGU